AUGCAUUCAACCCUCACCACUCUCUUCCUCCUCUCCACACCCAUCCACGCCGGCAUCACAGCCCGCGUCUGGACACAUUUCUACCCCAACUGCCCAGGCGAACCCUUCUCCAACCUAGACACCUACGAAAACUACGAAGAAACCGCCCCCUCCCAAGUAAUCACGACAGGCAUGUGUGCCAACAUCGGCGUCCCGUCUUACGAACACAACCUUGUCAGCGCAAUCUCAGUAGACGCUGAACUUCUCUCCCAACAAUCCGGACACCCCUACCCACCAGAAAACGGGCCAAGCUGCAACAUAACCGUGCACGAGGUCCCCGAAUGCAUCGACCCACCGCUCAUCACGCGGGAACUCCGGCAGGGCGUCGAAGUAAGCCAAUGCGAGCCACGGUCUUUCGCCGCGUACAGCGAAGUAUGGCUGCAACUUGUCUGCGAUGAGAAGAGUGAAGAGUCGCUGCAGGAUCAGGCGCAGGAUAUUCCGCGGAUUGAAGGUACGGCUAAGAUUGCGAGUGCUGAGAGUGCGGCGAAUGUGCAGACGCCGGGUUCGAAUGCUUUUUCUUGGUCGAAGGCUCAGAGUGAGUAUUCUUCGGGGCGGAAGCCUGAGGAGGAAGGACGGGUGAAUAGUGAUGGGCAUGCUGAGAGUGAGAAGAUUGUUCAUGAUAUUAUGGAGAAGAUUAGGCUUCAGGCCGCUAGUAUGGUUACCGGCAAGCACAAUGUGACGCUUCCUGCGUUGAAUGUGACCCUGCACCAUAAUGGGACUGCUUCGGGGAAUCGCACUCUUUCGAGGAGAAAGUUGUCUGUUCUGCGGAAUCGGGUGGCUCGGUGGUAG